AACAGUAAAACGUGAUGAAAGAAAUUUCCCCAAUUUACACCGACCUGAUUUGGCGCUAGUAGAAAUGGAACGAGCACGCAAAGGCGGAAAUUCAACCGUUAAAUAACAGUCACCCACCUAUCACACAAGGAAUGUGAAAUAUCUCACUCUCUCUUUCCCCAUCCCACCUAAAUCCCUUGAUUUUUUCCAAUAUCUGCGCGCUCAUGGACUCGAUUUCUCUCGCCGCCGGUCUCCACGCCAUCGUUCCGCGUCCGGAGGCAGUCUCAACCGUCCAUGGCCGCAGUCUACCCUGCAGCAGCUCCUUCUUCCGCGCGCCCGCCGCCUCUGCAAGUAGUUCCGUCAGGCGGACUCAGUUUUCAAAGUCUCGCCGGCUGGAUGCCUUUUCAUUCGCCUCCAACGGUUCCACCAGUUCCGUUCCCACACGAGAAGGGAUCUAUACUGUUGGUGAUUUUAUGACGGGGAAAGAGCAUUUGCAUGCGGUAAAACCUACAACUACUAUUGAUGAAGCUCUGGAUAUCCUUGUUGAGAAACGAAUCACUGGAUUUCCUGUGAUUGAUGAUGACUGGAAGUUGGUACUCCCUCCGGAACGGAAAAGUAUAAAUUUUUGGUUGGACACGGGUUUUAAUACAAUUGGUAAAGUAAGAGAGAGGAUGAGAAAUGAUAGUGGAGGUAAUAUUAGUGGUGGUGGACAACAGGAAAUACCUAUAUUCCCAGAUGUUGAUAGCUCCUGGAAAACAUUCAAUGAAAUUCAGAAGUUACUCAGUAAAACUAAUGGGAAGGUUAUCAGUGACGUUAUGACUCCUGCUCCCCUUGUCGUCCGUGAAAAUACCAAUCUUGAGGAUGUUGUGAGGAUAUUGCUUGUAACAAAAUUCCGGCGGCUACCGGUUGUUGAUGGUGAAGGAAGGCUGGUUGGGAUUAUUACGAGGGGCAACAUUGUGAGAGCUGCUCUUCAGAUAAAGCAGGCUGGUGAUCAAUUGUGAUGGUGUCCAAAUUAAUACAUGUCAUGCAUGACCUUAAGUAAAGUUAUACGGGAUACAUGAUUCUCGGGUGAUCUGUUGCCGAUGCCACUACAUCAAUUUGUGGAAUAUCGACACACUGCAACCUUCUACUGAUAUUUGGCAGUCACGACUGCGUAGGUAAGCCAGAAGGUGUCAAUUAUAUCGACGAGCACUCCAUUCUGGUGCAUCAUCUUCAUAUAAGUUGUAGUUAUGUUUGUAUUUUUCGGCAUUCGAUAGAUUACAGAACUGUAGUUAUGAUCAAAGGUGGACAUGGAUAGUGUGAUUUAUCUCUCAUGGUCCUUAAUGCCUUACGCGAUGAACAAAUAUGUGAUAUAUCUAAGAUUUAUAGUCAUUUCGAUGAA